CUUUGGAUAUAAGCUAGUUUUUCCAUAUAAGCUUUUACUUUUCCCAGUGGUCCCAUAUUAAAGUUUGGAUGGUGUAUCAGGGGCGUUUCUAGAGAUUGAAGCAGGGGGGUGCUGUGCGCGCACGAUUUUCCAUGUCUUUUACAUGCAUAGCGUGAUAAUAAGAGUAUCAAGACAUAUUUAUGAGUCAGUCAUCUUGUAGGAUCUCCAUGCACUAUUCUCCUGGGGUACAUCCUAGCAAACUGGUCAAUCACUGCAAUGGGGAUGUCCAGUCAGUCUAGUGUUAGUCAUUGCUUCUCAGUAUCUCACAGUGGAGCAAGAGGUGACUGGGAGAGUGCAGAGGAUCUUGAUCAGCUUUUAUGCAUUGCAUAACAACAUUGGAAUGGCAAUGCUGAUUGCGCAUGCUCAAUUGGGCGUGGUCAUGACUUGUAAUCGUUGUCAAUGAGAUAGAGCUGCACGUAGUACGUACCUAGUACCUCUGGAGUAGUCUUGCGGUAGUCUCGAUUUCCAGCCUCUUUGCAAGAGUCUGGUGAACUUCACUAUCACCACUCGUGUCAGGCCCUAAGUGCCGCGGUUAGAUAACCUAGUAGUGAUAAUUGGGUGUUAACCAAAUAGUGUAAGUGUUAAGUGGGUGUUACCCACUGUGUGGUGAAAUUCAUGCAAUCACUGAAUGGGUACAGGUGUGGCCAAAAAUCAGUGUGGAACAUUUAGUUUAUGACUUUCAAGAUUUAGUACAUAAUUAUAGUGCAAGACUAUGGAAAGACACAUGAAGAUGCAAGACGUGAUAAUUGAGAGUGCUAGAGCAAUUGGGAUCCAUUAUUUAAAGCCAGAGCAAAUGAAAGCAAUGUAUUUGAUCAUUGGAGGAAAGGACACAUUUGUGUCACUGCCAAUCGGCUAUGGAAAGUCAGUAAUCUUUGCUGCAUUACCUAUGGCCUUUGACCAAUUGAAAGGAACAUCUGGAAGCAUUGUACUUUGUAUUAGUCCCCUCACUUCGCUGAUGAUGGAUCAACAAAAAAAGUAUGCAGCUAGAGGAUUGACAGUGGAAUACGUUGGAGAAGCUCAGACAGACCGUAGUGCUAUUAACAGAGUACUGAAAGGAGAAGCUCAGUUGGUGUUCAUCUCCCCAGAGAGCAUAUUAGCGAAGGGUAUUUUUCGAAAUAUGCUUCUGUCACCACCGUAUAUAAAGAAUCUCGUUGCAGUAGUAGUUGAUAAAGCCCAUUGUGUUAAAACCUGGGGAGAUGAUUUUCGAGUCGCUUUUUCGGAGAUUGGAGAUUUAAGGAGCCUCAUUCCAGACAAUGUCGGUGUUCACGCACUUACUGCUACCUCUACAACAGAAACAUUUUACAUUGUCAGUAGAAGGUUAUGUAUGGACGAUCCUACUUUAAUUGCCUCCCCUCCUUUCCGAGACAAUAUUUCUUAUGAGGUUCACUCUAAGAUUGACGUUGAAAGCCUUGGUGAAAAAAUUGCUGAUGAAAUUCGAGAAAAACGGAAGUCAUACCCUAAAACAGUGAUUUACGUACGAAGUUAUGCCGAUUGCUCAUCUUUAUAUAUGGUGAUUAAGUGCAGUCUCGGAUCCUAUAUAACUGAUCCACCUGGAUGUCCCAAUGUUAAAGGUCAUCGACUAGUUGACAUGUUUACUAGAGUGCUUUCUGUUAGCAAAAAAGAAGAUGUGUUGAAUUCUUUCACCUCAGUUGACAGCACCUAUAAUUAUACAAUGUAUAUAUGUGCAAUAAACAGUGAUAUUUAUAAAUACAUGUGAUCAAUGUACCUCAAAACUGGGAAAAUUAGAGCUGCUUUGCGGUAUCUGAGAUGAUGGUAGCUGAGUGGCUGCAGUUGUUCGUAGAUUAGCUGCUGACAUUGCUGCUGACGCUGAUGGAAUGGUUGCUGCUGACACUGGUGGAAUGGUUGCUGCUGACACGUACACCGGUGGAAUGGUUGCUGCUGACGCUGAUGGAAUGGUUGCUGCUGACACUGGUGGAAUGGUUGCUGCUGACACUGAUGGAAUGGUUGGUACUGAAACAGAUGAUGGAAUAGGUGGUGUGGGGGGUUCCUGCAUAACUCUACUUCUUUUUGGCGGUGGUGGUAAUAAGUUAUCUUCUGCAUGUCUUGAAAGCAGACCAUUUAUUAGCUCUGUUGCUUCCUUCUUUACCUUGCAUAGCUUUUCUUGUUGAGCAUGGACAUUCUUCAGUUGUUUCUUGCACUGGUGACACAAUAUACUGUCAUUAGCACUAGUUUCAGGGAUGCAAUGCAGAGGUACUGGAAGGAGCUGCACAAGUACUUCUCUUGCUUCAGAACAGCUAUGACUAUUGAGCUUCUUUCGCCUUUGUUGUCCAGAGACUCAUGCAUUCGCACACAAACAGCAGUAGAGGCCCAUAUCUAGCUACUUUUUCGUGAUGCAAUAGCUUACAUAACAGUUUACACAACAGGCCACAACCGCCCACAAGGCACUUGACGAGCGGUUUCACACCCCAAGAAAAUCUUGGGGUGUCUGCACGAACUGUUCAUUGCAAGUUCACCCGACCAUAAUUAUACAAAGUAUGGGAGGGCGUGGCCAGACUAGUCUUGCGGACCCAGACCCUGAAAGAUAUGAUAUAUCGGCUGGUCCACGAGACUACCUCUGGAGCUGCACAGUUAGCUAGCUAGCUACUGAGUGAUAGGAUUAGUUUCAUGGUUGUCUGGGAGGACAGGUGGGUGCUCAAGACCCCCAUUGUACACGCCACUGUGUAUUGUACCAGAGAUACUGAGUGAUAGGAUUAGUUUCAUGGUUGUCUGGGAGGACAGGGGGGUGCUCAAGCCCCCAAAGCCCCCCAUUGUACACAUUGUACUUAUAACUUUACUUUAAUGUCUCCUUUUACUGGGUGUGGUCAGUUGUUAGCUAGUACACACGUGGCUCACAGGAUAGGCGUGUUAUAAAUUGCUGAAGGAGAUGAUGUCUCGAGGAAACACAGCUUUCUUAUUUCGAGCGAGUUACCCGGCAAAUAUAGGACGAACAGCGGAUAGUUUUCGAGGCCUUUAUGUAGAACCAAUGUUAAAUGGUCACGUGCACCACUUCCGUUUCCAAUCCCUCUCUUCCUUUAUCUAUGGUUGUAUAAAAAAAUUGUUUUUCUUUUAAAGUUAAUAAUAGUUGACAGGAGCUAUAAUUACUACUCAACAAGGAUUGAGAGAGUCUUCUGAAUAUAAAGUAACACCGUAUUACUAGAACGUUUUGCGAGCAUCAAACAUUUGCGAACUUUGCAAUGGUUGAUCAAUUUCCAACAAUAAAAUCCGCAAAAUUUAAAUUUACUAGUAAAUAACACAAUCCUUGCGAGAACUCAAUAGUUAGAUCGCAAAGGGUCACAUUUUCUGCUGAUUUGGCUCAUUCGCAAAGGUUAUUCACCCGCAAAAUAUUCUGCAUAUAUAAGAGGUAUAUUUGAUAUGGAUUAGUGAAGUAUACUCGGUGUGAUAAUUAUUACACGGUCACCAGAUUAGAGGAGGUAGGAGACGCAUCAAGCCCUCAGUAAUUAACAAUCCACGUUUAGCUAUCUAAAAAGAACGGUAAUAUUUAUCCUAGUGGAAUCUCAGCUCAAUAGCUUGAAAUUCACCAUCAAACCUAGUGGUUAUACAUAGGCUACGUACUAUCAGGAGCCCAUAAAUAAGAGAAGGAGCGGCUGACUACGGGGAUCACGUUUUGUAAGUGGUUAUGACCGCAUUUCCAUAUAUGCAGAGUCACUUAAGUGGUUGAAUCCCUACACGUGUUAUACACAAUACAGGGCUGCGGUUUGCAAGCACUUAGUCGCUUCCAAACAAGGAAGUGCGCGGUUUCACCGGCAAUUACGAAACGUAAUCCCUGAGUAUACGUUGAAGUUAGCCGCUCCUUUUCUUAUUUAUGGGCUCCUGGUACUAUGGAGAGCAUGCAGUCUAGGGGAGUUCUAGAAAGUGAUGUGAGCUUGCUGAGAACAACAUACCACAGGCACCAUAGCUACAAGGAAAAAUUAAAAGUCAAAAGCCUACUGUAGCGUAAACAUUGUAUGCCACACAUUGAUUAAUGACGCAUGUCCUACCUCCCCUGAACGGUCACGUAGCCUCGAAGCAUAAUUAUAGGGGAACAGCCUUGCAACCUUUUGGCCGUUCUAGAGAGGAAGUCUUGGACUAUUUAUAUAGCGUGAGAAUCUAUGUAAAUCAUACAGUACACUAAUAGUAAUUAAUACAGGCAAUUUGCCCUUGGGCUGCCUGUAUGAUUAUAACAUGUUGACCCUCAUUAAAAUCAUCCAGGAGGUCUCUAUAAUUAUUAUUAUACAUGUAAAAAGUAACUUAAGAGUCUUGAGGUUGACCUUUAUAAUGUUGUCAUAAUUGUAUACCGUAUAUCUUCUAAUUUAUCGGACACUUCUAAUUACCCGGACACUCUUUUGGGCAAUUUUCGUUGUUCUAAUACAACGGACAUUCCAGUACUUUAAUAUUACAUUUGUUCUAAAUAUCCGGACAAUACCUUGAAAAGUUGAGUUAUCGUUCAUAGACGGCAAGUAAGACUUACAGUACUGCAGUUAGAUAGCUUUGAUUAGCUAGUUUUAGAUAGCUAGUGCAACUAUUCAGUCGUACCCUGUUCUAUUAAACUUAGCUAGCUCGCAUGCAGCUGCUUGCUUGUUCUAAUUAUUCCGGACACUUCGCAUGCUCUAUAAAAAUCUGUUCCAAUUAUACCCGGACAAUUUCCAAAAUAAUUAUUUUUUGCUGUCCGAUAAAUUAGAAGAUAUACGGUACAUGUACUUUAUCGAAAUUCAAAGUUUCAUACCAUUGGAUUCCUUGUUAAAAAACGCUUCUAUAAUUAUGCUUUAGAUCCCACUUGAGUGUUUUUGCUUAUUGUUGCCACACUCCACAAUCUGUUACUAUCAGAUUGUGGAGUAUGGCCCGCGAGACUAGGGGGAGGAGCUGGAUGUAGGGAAGUGCUGGGAUUCUAGCUUUGGCUUCUUCCUUUCGCUUUGUUCGAGAGUAGUAUAGGAGAUGCUCAUUUGCUGGGCUUGUUUGCUGCAAAUUCUAGCUUGAGUUUAUUCCUUUCGCUUUGUUCGAGAGUAGUACGAGUCUAUGGCAUUAUCCAUACCAAAAGCAUGUUAGGCUAGUUUGCUGCAAAAGCGGGGACUGGACUUUUCCGUUUUGUGGGUGGAGCUAGGACUAUAAUUUUGUCCAUUUAAACUGUGAGUUGACUUGAAUAGACACAGAUUUAGUAGAGCCACAGAGAUGCCAACUUUUCAGAUAUUAAUUUUCAAAAGAAAUGAUGCAGUUGCUAGGUUGACUGUUUAAAUAGGUUGACUGUUGCUAAGCUAGUGCAUUUCUAGUAGCCAAUAGGUUUUGGGAUCUAAAUGGUACGUAGAGCAGCUAAAAAUCAUUUUCCAGUAGAAGUCCCUAGCUGGCAUACUUGUCAACCACAUAAGCAUAAAAAUGAAGUUAUAAUUGAUCACAUAACUUCCAGGGCCGAACUCAACGCAACGCAAAUAGACUUUAGUAUACAACUUACUUAGUAUCCUGUUAUCAAUAAACUUUUUGCAAUGUAGUCACGGUAUCUAGAAGCCUCGAGGAUAAGUGAUUUAGACACCUCUAAAACAGUCAAAAUAGACCGUGUUUAUCAGAUUUAGACACGUCCAAAUAGUCAACAUAGAUUGUGUUUAUCAUUGCAGGCGUUGUACGUGAUGGAUUGGUAAUUAUACUCACGUGAUUGUGCCAUCUAUUUUUUGUAUGCUCUAUUGGGCAAUCAAGUAUAGUAGUUAGUCAACGUGUCACCGUAUUCUGUUCACCUGGCUACCAAAUCGCUGCAUUUACAGCAUGGAUAGCAGCUUCACUAUCAUGACAGAUUUUCUUAUAAAGCUUCGUUGUCAAACAAAAGCGAGCUACAUACUAAAUGCGGCUUUAAUUUCAUUGCACUAGCACUACAGCUAUGUUUGUUUUCAUGCAAAGAUAGGCUUUUUUGAAUCUGCUGUGAUCCUAGUCCCAUUGCAUGUAGCAAUGCACAACGCCCUUGCCAUAGCGUUCAUAUCUGUAAAAACGAAACUUUGUUUAUUGUUAGUUGUUGCUACCAUAAAACGUCUAAUUAAGGCACCAACUUGAACAGUCUAUUUUCUAUAUAAUUGGGCUUAAAAUGAAUCCAUCAAAUGAAUUCAUCAAAGCUGAAAUUUCAACGUGGCCGUCACUCUAAAUGAGGCACCAGUUGAUGAUCACGUUCUAUUUGUGCACCAAAGAAAAAUUUAAAUUAACUUUUAUGGCGCCCUAAUGAAUUUUUAUGGUACAAGGGAUAACAACGGAACUACCGUAUAGCAGGUAAUUUUCGUGGGGUAAAAAAUUCGUUCACUCGAGAAACGGUGGUUUUCGUGAGUAAAAAUUUCGUUUAGUCUCGUGGCUGCACUGCAUUCCUACGUUCCGGUAGCCACGCCUACGUUAAAAUUUCGUGGAGGUCAGCUUGCUCACGAAAAUAACGAAUAUUUUACCCCACGAAAAUUACCCGCUAUACGGUAUGCAUUUUCAUGGGAUUAUCACACACACAUCAUCACUAGAAAAGCAUACUGAAUAGAACAUAGGCUUCCAAGCUGCUGCUUUUCGCAUAGUUUUGUACAACACUCCCUGGUCGUGACUUUCUUAAAUGGCUCUGUCUUUGAGGAGUUGCCAAACCACUGUUGCAUGAUUUCAGAUGCAGUAUAACUUUGGUUACUCAUAAACAAUGUUUUGUAGUAUGCUUGUUCUGUUUUUGUGUUAUACAUGCAUCCAAAAACGUUGUACUGAAUCGGUUGUGUUAUGAGUAUAAAAAACUAGUUUGGGACAGUCGCACUAACCAGUAUAUGGAAUAGUGAGGUGGCCGUAUGUCAUGGUGAGUUUUAUACAGUAGCUAGCAAUCCGUACCAAGGCGAAGUGAUCAGAGAGCCACAAUAGCGAGAGUCCACUGUAUAAUUAUAGCACUUCCAUAUUAUGCAAACACACACACGCACACGCAC